GUGUGUCUGUGUGUUUCUGUGUGCGUUAUUGUGUGUUAUUGUGUGUCUGUGGGUCUUGUGUGUUAUUGUGUGUGUCUGUGUGCGUUAUUGUGAGUCUGUGUGUGUUAUAUUUUGUGUCUGUGUCUGUGUGUGUUAUUGUGUGUUAUUGUGUGUCUGUGCGUCUUAUUGUGUGCCUUUGUGUGUCUGUGUGUGUCUGUGUGUCUGUGUGCGUUAUUGUGUUAUUGUGUGUCUGUUGGUCUUGUGUGUUAUUGUGUGUGUCUGUUUGCGUUAUUGUGAGUCUAUGUAUGUUAUUGUGUUAUUGUGUGUGUCUGUGUGAGUCUUUGUGUGUUAUUGUGUGUGUCUGUGUGUGUCUUUGUGUGUCUGUGUGUGUCUGUGUGCGUCCUCCGGCCGCUGAGGCUUCAUCCAGCCAGUGCAGGGAGAGGCAGGAGGAACUGUGUGACGGGAGAACGAGGAGCUCAGACACACUGAUUGUUGGUUUUGUGUUCAGUUGAUCGUUGAGGCUGAGCUGCUGCUUCCUUCAGCGUUUGGAUUAUUUUACCUGGACUCAGGAUGAAGGUGGAGGGUCUGCAGGAGGACGGGGACUCCUCCUCGGGUUCCGGACCGGACCGGAGCAGCCCCGGCUCGGCGGAACGCUGCAUGUCUCGGCUGCUGAGCGCCGUGGAGAACGAGCUGCAGGCCGGCCGGGAGAAAGGAGACCCGACGGAGAGGGAGCUCAGGGUGGUUCUGGAGGACGCCGAGCUCUGGAGAAAGUUCCAGCAGAUCACCAAUGAGAUGAUCGUCACCAAGAACGGAAGGAGGAUGUUCCCGGUGCUGAAGGUCAGUGUCUCCGGUCUGGAUCCCAGCUCCAUGUACUCCUUCCUGCUGGACUUCGUUCCGGCCGACAGCUGCCGCUGGAAGUUCGUGAAUGGGGAGUGGGUGGCGGCCGGCCGGGCGGAGGGGCGGGGCGAGGGGCGGGGCCACGGCGGCAUCUACAUCCACCCAGACUCUCCCAACUUUGGAGCCCAUUGGAUGAAGGCAGCCGUGACCUUCAACAAGGUCAAACUGACCAACAAGGUGAACGGAGGAGGACAGAUUAUGUUGAACUCUCUCCAUAAAUACGAGCCUCAGCUCCACAUCGUUUGUGUCGGUUCUCGCCACCGUCUGGUUUCCAACAUUUCCUUCAAAGAAACUCAGUUUAUUGCCGUCACCGCCUACCAGAAUGAAGAGAUCACAGCUCUGAAGAUCAAAUACAACCCAUUUGCUAAAGCUUUCCUGGAUGCCAAGGAGAGGAACCCAGGGGGGCGGGGCUUACCAGACUCGUCAGAGAAUCGAGUUGGAAUUCAACCAUGUUGGUCUUUGUGCUCGGCCGGAGGAGGCGGAGCUUUUCCUUACAGCAGCAGCCUCCCACUGACAUCACAUCAUCACCAUGGUUACAAACACCAUGGUUACCCCGGGAGACACACACCUUACCCAACUGCCUACCUGCCGCACCGCUCACACUCAUCAGGUGUCCAGGUCCUAUCAGAUGGUUGGACCAGUUCUUCUCCUCGUCCUGCCUCCUCCUCCUCCUCCCUCCCCCUGACCAGCGGUGCUCCUUCCUCACAGGCCCCUCCCCCCCACAACUCCAGUCAGUAUCCCUGUCUGUGGACGGUCAGCUGCAGUGAGCUAAGCCCCUCCCACUCACCAUGCAGCGCUCUCCAUGGACCAAUCAGCAGCGAGAACCUCAUGCAGCCUCCCAGUCACGGGCGAGUAGGCGGAGCUGGGUGGCCACCUGGUCCCACCCACUCUUUCUGAGGAGGGAUGUGAUUGGCUGAGAUGAAUCACACUGACUACCCACUAGGAGGUUAUAAGUGACCACUGAUCACAGCUGGUAACUGCUGGUAACCAGUGGUAACCAGUAAUAACCAGUGGUAACCAAUGAUAACCAGUGGUAACCAGUGGUAACCGCUAGUAACCAGUGGUAACCGCUAGUAACCACUGGUUACCAGCGGUAACUAGUGGUAACCGCUAUUGAUGUGCAUUUGUACAUACUGGCAGCUAAUAGUGAGUAUUUGUGACUAUUUGUAAAAACAGAAACUGCAAACUCAUGACUACUUGUAUUUAACCACACAUACUGGUGGCUACUAGUAUCUAUCAGUGGCUACUAAUAUCUACUGGUGGCUACUAGCAUCUACUUGUGGCUACAAACAUCUACUGGUGGCUACUAAUAUGUACUGGUGGCUACUAAUAUCUACUGGUGGCUGCUAGUAUCUACUGGUGGCUACUAAUAUCUACUGGUGGCUGCUAAUAUCUACUGGUGGCUACGAAUAUCUACUGGUGGUCAUUAAUAUCUACUGGUGGCUACUAAUAUGUACUGGUGGCUACUAAUAUGUACUGGUGGCUACUAAUAUCUACUGGUGGCUGCUAGUAUCUACUGGUGGCUACUAAUAUCUACUAGUGGCUACUAAUAUCUAUUGGUGGCUACUAGUAACUACCAGUGACUACUAGUAACUGUCAGUGACUACUAGUAACUGUCAGUGACUACUAGUGAUUACAAGUGACUACUAGUAACUACCAGUGACUACUAGUAACUGUAAGUGACUACUAGUAACUACCAGUGACUAAUAGUAACUGUCAGUAACUGCUAGUAACUACCAGUGACUAAUAGUAACUGUGAGUGACUGCUAGUAACUACCAGUGACUACUAGUAACUGUCAGUGACUACUAGUAACUACCAGUGACUACUAGUAACUAUCAGUGACUACUAGUAACUACCAGUGACUACUAGUAACUACCUGUGACUCUUAGUAACUACCUGUGAUUCCUACUAACUACCUGUGGCUACUAGUAACUAUCAGUGAAUAUUACUAACUACCUGUGGUUCUGUGUACCUGAUGGUAGUUAUUGGUCCAAACCAGUACUACCUGUAAAUACCUGUAAAUAUGUUGUGGUGAUGUUGUGGCUACUGGUUGGUGUUGCUGGCUACCUGUACCUGCAGGUAAAUUUACCUGUGACUCUCACAGUGCUGAUGUUGUGGCGCCCCCUGCUGUCUGAUUUACGUCCACGCUUGUUGUUUUUGUCUCUGAUUGUUGCUGAGAAGCAGAAACCAACGAUUAAACGACUUUGUUGUUCCAAUUGUCGCUCUGCUCCGUGUCAAUAAAGAUUUACCAACAGUU